GCAGGAAGCAGGAAGUACUUGCUUGGCGUCUCCCUUUAAAAAGACGUCAGCAAACGCCACGACGUAGUCUGGAGGAGGAGGAGGCGCGUAGGCUGUUUUAUCCUGGAAUGACCCCACAGCGCUCCGUGGAGAACAUCCCGUUCAUGAGUUAUUAAUAGCUCGCCUUGCGUCACCCCACUGCCGCGCUGCGAGACACGCCACGCAGCUCCUUGCAAGAAAACAUGCUCAUAAAACAGGCAGGCGUCUGGAAGUCACGUGAUUACCGCCUGGCUUUGGCAUGGACUUCACACCGGAUGUUGACUCUUCCUGACACAACGCCGCCGUUCGUCCAGCCUUGUGACCCGCCAGCACUGGGGAGGUGCCAGUGGAUGAGUGGCUGGGAAUCAAACAUGCAUCGACUGCACAAAAGUGGCCGUCUCCUGGUGACCUUUGACCUCUUGGCAUGGACAGCAAGGGCCCCGCUAGUACCUUCAAGAGGACCUCCCUCAAACGCAGCACAUCGGGAUCUCAGAAGGCCCAACGAGCGUGGAUCGAGAGGACGUUUCUGAAGAGAGAAUGUGUUCACAUCUUCCCUACCAAGGACCCCACCAGAUGUGCAUGUGGUCAGCUGACCACGCAACACGUGGCCAUCCCGCCCGGCGCCAACUCCCUGGAGGAGGCUCACCAGCUAGUCCAGAUCGACACCCCGAAGGACAAAUGGAGCUUGAUCAAGCACACGAGGACCUACCCCACGGACGCCUUCGGUGUGAUCGAGUUCCAGGGCGGAGGGUUCAUCAACAAAGCCAUGUACAUCCGUGCCUCCUUCGACACAAAACCCGACAACCUGCUGCAUCUGAUGGUGAAGGACUGGCAGUUGGAGCUGCCCACCUUGCUCAUCUCCGUGCACGGAGGCCUCCAGAACUUCGACCUGCAGCCCAAACUCAAGCAGGUUUUCGGCAAAGGCCUGAUUAAAGCCGCCGUCACCGCCGUCACCACGGGCGCUUGGAUCUUCACGGGCGGGGUCAACACCGGUGUGAUCCGUCAUGUGGGAGACGCCUUGAAGGACCAUUCCUCCAAGUCCCGGGGGAAGGUGUGUGCCAUCGGCAUCGCCCCGUGGGGGAUCCUGGAGAACAAAGAGGACCUCAUCGGGAAGGACGUGACCAGACCCUAUCAGACCAUGGCCAACCCUCUGAGCAAGCUGGCCGUGCUCAACAACAGCCACUCACACUUCAUCCUGACCGACAACGGCACGUGCGGCAAGUACGGCUCCGAGGUCAAACUGCGGCGCCUGUUGGAGAAGCACAUCUCUCUGCAGAAGAUCAACACCCGUUUGGGCCAGGGCGUGCCGCUGGUGUGUCUGAUCGUGGAAGGAGGCCCGAACGUUAUCUCCAUCGCCUUGGAGAGUCUGAGAGACGAGCCUCCCAUUCCGGUGGUGGUGUGUGACGGCAGCGGGCGAGCCUCCGACAUCAUUUCCUUUGCACACAAGUUCUCAGAGGACGGAGGGCUGGUCAGUGACGACGUGCGAGACCAACUCCUGGUGACCAUCCAGAAGACCUUCAACUACAGCAAAAGCCAGUCGCAGCAAAUCCUGCUCAUGGUGAUGGAGUGCAUGAAGAAGAGGGAGCUGAUCACCGUUUUUCGAAUGGGCUCAGAAGGACAGCAGGAUAUCGAGAUGGCCAUUCUUACUGCCUUGCUCAAAGGCACCAACGCCUCAGCGGCCGACCAGCUCAGCUUGGCUCUGGCCUGGAACCGAGUGGACAUCGCUCGAAAUCACAUCUUUGUCUACGGACAUAAUUUACCUCCCGCAGGCGCCAUCACCCACACCACCAGCACCACGGUGGCCCACACCCAGGAGAAGCAGAAGAGUCCGGCGAGUGCCCCUCGGAACAAGAACCGAGCCAAGAAGGGGAAGGGCAAAGGGAAGGCCAAGCCUGAACCUCCCGAGGAAACCGAUCCAAGGAAACUGGAGAUGAUUCGUUGGGUCAACUCCCUGGAGCAAGGCAUGAUGGACGCUCUGGUGCUGGACAGAGUGGACUUUGUCAAGCUGCUCCUGGAGAACGGCGUCAAUAUUCACCACUUUCUCACCAUUCCUCGACUGGAGGAGUUGUACAACACGAAACUUGGCCCUGCUAACACUCUGCAUGCUGUAGUCAGAGAUGUCAAAAAGGGCAACCUCCCCCCAGACUACCAGAUCACCCUGAUUGACAUCGGCCUGGUGCUGGAGUACCUGAUGGGCGGAGCUUACAGGAGCAAUUACACCAGGAAGGCUUUCCGCAACCUCUACAACAACUUGUACGGACUUAAAAGGCCCAAAGCUCUGAAGCUGCUCGGCAUGGAGGACGACGAACCUCGGACCAAAGGCAAGAAGAAGGCCAAGAAGAAGAAGGAGGAAGAGGUGGAGAUCGACGUGGACGACCCGGAGGUGUGUCGCUUCAAGUACCCCUUCCAUGAGCUGAUGCUGUGGGCCGUGCUGAUGAAGCGCCAGAAGAUGUCUCUCUUCCUCUGGCAGCGUGGCGAGGAGGCCAUGGCCAAGGCCCUUGUGGCCUGCAAGUUGUUCAAAGCAAUGGCCCACGAGUGCUCCGAGAGCGAGCUGGUGGACGACAUCUCCCAAGACCUGGAGAACAACUCCAAAGAGUUCGGGCAGCUGGCCUACGAGCUGCUGGACCAGUCGUACAAGCACGACGAGCAGGUGGCCAUGAAGCUGCUGACCUACGAGCUGGUCAACUGGAGCAACUCCACCUGCCUGAAGCUGGCCGUGGCCGCCAAGCAGCGAGACUUCAUCGCCCACACGUGCAGCCAGAUGUUGCUCACCGACAUGUGGAUGGGCUGCUUACGCAUCGGCAAGAACCCAGGCCUCAAGGUCAUUUUGGGAAUCAUAUUUCCUCCGCUGAUUCUGCUGCUGGAUUUCCGCAUUGGGGAUGAUGCGUCCUACAUUGCACCGGCAGGCAAAGAAGAGGGCAAAGACAAAGACGACGACAACAAAUCCAGCAAGGACCCAAACGAUGCAACUUCCCGCAAAGGCGACGAAGAGGAAGGCAGCGCCAAUGUCCGCAAAAUCCCCAUCGGGAAGAGGUUCUUUGAGUUUUAUGACGCCCCCUUCACCAAGUUCUGGUUCAACACUAUCUCCUACCUGGGCUACCUGAUGUUGUACAACUACAUCAUCCUGGUCAAGAUGGAGCGAUGGCCGUCCGUACAAGAGUGGACCGUCAUCGCUUACAUCCUCACCCUCGGCACUGAAAAAGUCCGACAGAUCCUGAUGUCCGAGCCCGGCAAGCUGAAGCAGAAAAUCAGCGUGUGGAUGGAGGAGUACUGGAACAUCACAGACAUGGUGGCCAUCGCCACCUUCCUCCUGGGCCUCAUGCUGAGGCUGCAGCACGAGCCCUACAUGGGCUACGGCAGAGUCAUCUACUGCAUCGACAUCAUCUUCUGGUACAUCCGCGUGCUGGACAUCUUUGGAGUCAACAAGUACCUGGGGCCUUACGUCAUGAUGAUAGGGAAGAUGAUGAUCGACAUGAUGUACUUUGUGGUCAUCAUGCUGGUGGUGCUGAUGAGCUUCGGGGUGGCCCGCCAAGCCAUCCUUCACCCCGACGAGGAGCCAACAUGGCGCCUGGCCAGAAACAUCUUCUACAUGCCCUACUGGAUGAUCUAUGGAGAGGUUUUUGCGGACUCGAUAGACCGUAAGACUAGAAUUCAUAUCUACGCCAUGGAAAUAAACCCUCCGUGCGGAGAACAUUUAUACGACGAAGACGGGAAGAAGCUGCCUCCGUGUAUCCCCGGCGCCUGGCUCACCCCCGCCAUCAUGGCCUGUUACCUGCUGGUUGCCAACAUCCUCCUGGUCAACCUGCUCAUCGCCGUCUUCAACAACACCUUCUUCGAGGUCAAGUCCAUCUCCAACCAGGUGUGGAAGUUUCAGCGGUACCAGCUGAUCAUGACCUUCCACGACCGCCCCAUCCUGCCGCCGCCGCUCAUCAUCUUCAGCCACCUCUACAUCCUCUUCAGCAGGCUCUUCCGGCGCUGCGCCCGCAAGAAGCAAGAAGGAGAGCUGGACGAGAAGGACCGCGGUCUCAAACUUCGACUGAAUCCUGAGGAGCUAAAGAACCUCUACGAGUUUGAAGAACAGUGUGUGGAGGAAUACUUCCGGGAAAAAGAGGACGAGCAGCAGUCCUCCAGUGACGAACGCAUCAAGGUGACGUCAGAAAGAGUGGAGAACAUGUCCAUGCGUCUGGAGGAGGUGAACGAGAGGGAGAACACCAUGAAGGCCUCCUUGCAGACGGUGGAUCUGCGCCUGGCCCAGCUGGAGGAGAUCCACGGUCGAAUGGCAGUGGCCUUGGAAAAACUGGCCGGAGUGGACCGCCUGGAGCUGACCAAGACUUACUCCCGCAACUCUUCAGUGUGCGACCCUUCCUCUCUGGUCCGCCAAGGGAGCAUCAACAGCGCUGACGGUUACAGCCUCUACCGCUUCCACAUGGACAUGGAGGAGUUCGCCUCCAAGCAAAAGGACGCAGAGGAGCCGGCGAAGAACGUCCUGGAACGACAGAAGAGUCUUCGCCAAUCGUCCAGCACCUGCGCUCUCAACGCCAAGGAGGGCGCCCAGACUUUGGAAGUGGGAAGCUUGAGUAGAACACGACCUGGUUCUUGCGUGGACAUCCUUAUAUCUCCGUGUGAAGCCAAGCCGGUGUCCAGCCACGACACUUCAACCAACAAGGACAUCCGAGGAAGUUCGUUGGACAUAAUCGCCGACAAGAACCGACUGAAACCUUCCUCGCCCCCAAAAAGGACUAAAUCCCUGAGACACUAUCCAGCCGAGGACCAGUCCACCUCUCCUUUGACGAAGAAGCGGAGCAUGAGCACCAUCGUCAUCAGCCCUCCUGAUGAACCAGAGGAACCACCCGAGGCCAGCAAAAAAGUCCUUCCUGAGAGCUCCGCCUCUCCGAAAAGGACAAAAUCAUUGAGACACGCCCCGGUCCAGACGUCCCCUCUCACCAAGAAGAGGACCAUGAGCAGCAUCGUCUACGCUCCAGCUGAGGCCGACGACGAUGUUCUCCACGCUCAAGACUACACGUCCCUGGUUGAGCAGGUGGCCAAGACGCCAAACCAGUGGCCGGCCAACCUGGAGUACAAAGUCCACGCUGGUCACGCGCCUAAAGUGUCCAUGGUCAGGACCCCAAUCCAACAAUUCCCCGCUUCCACAUACGGCGCAGAACUCUCAAGCAGCGAGGGCGGUCUGGACGGCAAAGACGGUCCCCCCGGGGGAGAGCUCGCGGGGGAGCAGACGAAGACGAAGGUGAGGAGAAACGUGUCGGACGGCGCUCGGUACCUGGCGGUGGAAGGGGACCGGUACCCGCCCACGCACAGGUCGCAGAGUUGCAACGCCACGGACAGGAAGGCGAGGAGCAGGAGAGCCUCCGACACCGAGAGAGACCUGGCGGAUGCCUGCAAGACGGAGGACGGCGCAGCUGAGGAGAAAUGAGAGAGAAACCACCACAAUGGACGUCAUCCGGACCCCCACAGACUCGCCUUCUCUCCUCGGUCUUUGGACACCUGUCUCCUGUCCGCCAUGUCGCAUUUGUUGCCCAGGACCAUCUUCUCCACAUCUGAUGAGGCGUGCUGGCAGGGCGGACAAAGUCACUUUGCUUCUUCAGAGUUUCACAUUUCAUUUUGUUUUGUAAAAAUCAUCUUCUAAUAGUCAACAAGUCAGGUUACUACAGUAAGUAUUCAUGUGCAUUAUGGACACUUUCAAAACUAUCUAAAGAGAGACAAUGCAACGGUAGUUUUUUUUACCCCCUCCUCCCUGAAAAAAAAGGUCUAUUAUCAGGAUUUUUUAUGUAUGUAUUACAUUUUUUUUUUUUUUUUGUAAACUUUUUUUAAAUAAUAUAAUGACAAUCAUUGAUAAGUCCAGUUACCUAUUUAUUCAUGUACAUUAUUCAGUUUAAUAACAAUCUAACAAAAGACAAUACACAGUUUUCCCCCAAAAAUUUUUAGUUUAUUGUCUGUAUUUUUAUUUUUGUAUUAGAUUUGUUUUUAUUUGUAAACAUUUUUUUUCUAAAUAUGUUUGUAUCAUUCAAAAGUCAAGCUACUUAUUUACUAAUAUACAACAUGGACAGUUUAAUAUUAACCUACCGUAAGUAGAUCCAAUACAACAGUGGUUUUCCUUCAAAAAAUAUUUUUUUAUUGUCAGGAUUUUUUUAUUUAUGUACUAUAUAUGUACAAAUUUUUUUUCUAAAUAUAAUUUUAUCAUUGACAAUUCACGGUACUUGUUUAUUCAUGUACAUUAUGGAGAGUUUAAUAACUAUCUAAUGAGAUACAAUACAACAAUAGUUUUCCCCAAAAAUAUGUUUGUCAGUAUUUUUUUUGGGGUAAUUUUUUUUUUUUUUAGUUAUUUUAUUUGCAAACAUUUUUUUUUCUAAAUAUCUUUUUAUCAUUCAAAAGUCAAGCUAUUUAUUUACUAAUAUACAACAUUAACAGUUUAAUACCAAUCUAAGUAGAUCCAAUACAACAGUGGUUUUCUCCCCCAAAAUAUAUUUUAUUGUCAGGAUUUUUUUAUUUAUGUGUUAUAUUUGUAUUUUAUUUAUACACAUUUUUUGUAAAUAUAAUUGUAUCAUUGACAAUUUAUGGUACUUGUUUAUUCUGUCUAUAUUUUUAUUUUUGUAUUGGAUUUUUAUUUUAUUUUAUUUGUAAAGUUUUUUUUUCUAAAUACCUUUUUAUCAUUCAAAAGUCACACUAUUUAUUUACUAAUAUACAACAUGGACAUUUUAAUAUUAAUCUAAGUAGAUCCAAUACAAAAGUGGUUUUCACCCCCAAAACAUUUAUGGUCAGGAUUUUUUCAUUUAUGUAUUAUAUUUGUAUUUUAUUUGUACACAUUUUUUUUCUAAAUAUAAUUGUAUCAUUAACAAUUCAUGGUGUGUGUUUAUUCAUGUACAUUAUGGACAGUUUAAUAAAAAUCUAAUGAGAUACAAUACAACAGUAGUUUUGCCCCCCAAAAAUUUGUCUAUUGUCAGUAUUUUUAUUUUUGUGUUGGAUUUUUUUUUAUUUUGUUUUAUUCGUAAACUUUUUUUUCUCGAAAUACCUAUUUAUCUUUCAAAAGUCAAGCUACAUUUUCACUAAUAUACAUUAUGUACAGUUUAAUAUUAAUCUAAGUAGAUCCAAUACAACAGUAGUUUUCUCCCCAAAAAUUUUUAUUUAUGUGUUUUAUUUGUAAAUAUUUUUUUUCUAAAUAUAAUUGUAUCAUUGACAAUUCAUGGUACUUGUUUAUUCAUGUACAUUAUGGACAGUUUAAUAACAAUCUAAUGAGAUCCAAUACAACAGUAGUUUUCCCCCCCAAAAAUAUGUCAAUUGUCAGUAUUUUUAUUUUUGUAUUAGAUCUUUUUUUUUAGUUAUUUUAUUUGUAAACUUUUUUUUUCGAAAUACCUUUUUAAUCAUUCAAAAGUCAAGCUACUUAUU